AUGGAUUCUUUAACCCUGGAUAACGCUAUUCGAGGUACGAAUGAGGAUGCCGUGACAAGUAAACUCUCAGCUGUAACUACCGGAUACAUACAAGACUCCUAUGUAAAGUACUUUGUGAAAAAGCCGUCAAGACGACCACCCAUUAUAAACAGAGGUUUAAAGAAAGCUCUUGCAAGUAGUUAUGUUCGAUACGCCGGUCUAGACACAUUAAUAAAAAAGUUUCUAGAAGCAGGGAUUGGUAUGGAUCAUAGUAAGGAUGAACAGACAAAGAAUAAUCCAAAAAUCAAGAAACAGAUAGUGUCACUUGGAGCUGGGUCAGAUACACGGUAUUUUAAUUCUAAGUCAAAAAAAUUAUUGGAUGGCUUAUAUAAAUACUUUGAAAUCGAUUAUCCAGAAGUAACCGCCAAGAAAGUGGCAGUAAUAAGAAAGAAUAAACAAUUGUCUGAACUCUUCGAAGGAAAUGCUAAAUUGGGUUUGGGUGGUACUGAACUUUACGCUUCAGAUUAUUGUCUGCUAUCUGGUGAUCUUAAAGAUUUUGUGGAAACCAUAAUACCACGUAUGGAAGAACAAGGUUUCGAUAAAAGUCUUCCUACUUUAUUCCUUUCUGAAUGUGUGCUGAUAUACAUGGAACAACAAUACUCUGAUAAGAUAAUUCAAUGGGUUGGCGAUAACAUGCAGACUGCUUUAUUUGUCGUAUACGAGCAAAUCUUGCCAAACGAUAUCUUUGGAAUCACAAUGCUACAAAAUUUACGAUUACGGAAUAUAGAGUUACGCGGUAUUCACGCGUACCCGGAUCUCAAAAGUCAAAAACAACGGUUUUUGACGCGUGGAUGGACUUUUGCCGAGGCAGUAGAUAUAAACCAAAUUCACGAUCAUCAUAUCGAUCCAAAAGAGAUGAUAAGGAUCUCUGAACUGGAGUUACUUGAUGAACUUGAAGAAUGGCGUUUAUUGUCAGCUCAUUAUUGUAUCGCAUGGGCUUAUUCAGCUAAGGAUGAAUCAAAGAAAGCAUUAUUCGAGCAAGUGCGAUUCAUUAAUUACAAGAUUAAAUGA